AGCUAUCUUCUCCAUUCUCCAUUUUCCACCAUGGCCACCGCCGUCGCAUUUGCCCACCUUCUACUUUUCCUCGUCUUGGUGUCCCCAGUGGCCUGCUACUCUGCUAGUCCCUCGCACCGCUGCGACUGGUGCCCUCGGUGGUCCACCGCCUCCCUCCUGCCUCCCGAUGCCACCAUCACCGGAGCCGCGUGCGGGUACGGUGGCCCGGCAGCGGCAGCUGAGCUUGCUGACGGGAGCUUCCACAUUGCGGCCGUCAACACCGGCUUUUUCCGCCAAGGCCAGGCCUGCGGCGCCUGCUACCAGCUGAGGUGCAGGGGCCGGAGCGCGUGCGCGAAGGACGAUGUCAAGGUCGUCGUCGUCGCCGACGUGCCGGAGACGAACAGCACAGGCGGGGGCGAGCGGUUCAUGCUUACCAAGGACGCCUUCGCCGCCUUGACUACUACUGGUGCCGAUGGUCAGCCGGCCGUCGACGUCGACUUCAGGAGGAUACCUUGCGCUUAUAAAAGCAAAAACCUUGCAGUGAGGGUGGAGGAGACGAGCAGCAGGGACAAGGGCCACCUCGCCGUCAGGUUCCUCUACCAGGGCGGCCAGACCGACAUCGUCGCCGUCGAGGUGGCGCGGGCGGAAAUUCCUGGUGCCACUGCCACGACCCAGAGUACCGCCGCGCCGUCGCUGACCACAUGGCAGUACAUGACGCAGCGCGAGGGGUCGCCGGGCGUGUGGCGCACGUCCCGCACGCCGGCCGGCCCGUUGAGGCUCCGGCUCGUCGUGACCGCCGGCUCCGGCGGCAAGUGGCUUCGAGCCGAAGGUGUAGUGCUCCCCGCGGAGUGGCAGGCCGGCGCGGUCUACGACACUGGACUGCGCGUCACCGACGUCGCCGCAAGCACCUGCGGCGGCGCCUCCUGCUCCGCCUCCGGAGACGGCGAGGAGGAGUAGUAGGAGCUCAGAUGACAAGCACGCUCCAUCCAUCCAGGAUCGUGGUGACCAUGGUUCGUCGGAGCCGGCCUACACGCCACCGGCCGGCUGCCGGGGAGGUCGAUGCUGCUGCAUGCAUAUACACCGUACACUACAGAUAUCGUGUGCGUGUUCCGCUGCAUGCACCGAGAAGAAACGCAGAAAGGGACAUAACAGUAGAAAGGACACCCCCCCCCCCUCCCCAAAGAAGGAA